UACCUCAUUAUUGUAUCUGACUCUACCUUGUGGCUGACGCAGCAGAGCAGAGGGUGAAGAAACCCGCCACAAGCAUCCUGCACCAUGGAGGCGGCCACAGCACCAAAAUCAUGGACAUUAUAUGCAUUAGGAGGACACAGCUCGCUGUUUGCUAUCAUAAUGUUCAUUUUAAGCCAAUGUUGUCGGAUAAGAGCAGAUGACGGCGGCAUUGAGGAACUUGCCACGGAGAAGGAGGCAGAGGAAAGUCACAGGCAGGACAGCGUGAAUUUACUUACAUUCAUUUUGCUUUUGACACUCACUAUCCUCACAAUAUGGCUCUUCAAACACAGAAGAGUGCGCUUCCUGCACGAAACAGGACUGGCUAUGAUAUACGGUCUGUUGGUGGGUGUUAUUUUGCGGUAUGGCAUUCCCUCCACCAGUUACCAUAAUAAAACUCCUCCGAGCUGCACCCUGCAAGAGGGUCCUGUCAGCACGGUGCUCCUCAACGUUAGCGGAAAGUUGUUUGAGUACACACUCAAAGGGGAGAUCAACCUUAGAGAAAUCCACAGUGUGGAGCAGAAUGACAUGUUACGCAAGUUGACCUUUGACCCAGAGGUGUUUUUCAACAUUCUGCUACCUCCCAUCAUAUUCCACGCCGGAUACAGCCUCAAAAAGAGACACUUCUUCAGAAACCUAGGAUCCAUCAUAACUUAUGCUUUCUUGGGCACAGCCAUUUCCUGUUUUGUCAUUGGAAACCUCAUGUAUGGCGUAGUGAAAAUGAUGCAGGUUUUGGGUCAACUCACUGACAAGUUCUACUACACAGACUGCCUCUUCUUUGGUGCCAUAAUAUCUGCCACUGAUCCAGUCACCGUGCUUGCGAUCUUUAAUGAGCUCCAUGCUGAUGGUGAUCUCUAUGCACUGCUGUUUGGAGAGAGUGUUAUGAACGAUGCAGUCGCCAUAGUCCUUUCAUCGUCAAUUGUGGCGUAUCAGCCCGCAGGAGCCAACACGCAUACAUUCGAUGCCUCUGCCUUCUUCAAAUCGGUGGGCAUCUUCUUGGGCAUCUUCAGUGGCUCUUUCGCUAUGGGUGCGGUCACUGGAGUAGUCACUGCCCUCGUGACAAAAUUCACCAAGCUGCACUGUUUUCCUCUGCUGGAGACUGCUCUGUUCUUCCUCAUGUCUUGGAGUACUUUUCUACUGGCUGAAGCUUGUGGAUUCACAGGUGUUGUCGCUGUGCUGUUCUGUGGAAUCACACAGGCCCAUUACACCUACAACAAUCUGUCAGAGGAGUCAACUAAACGCACUAAACAGUUGUUUGAGGUGCUGCACUUCUUAGCAGAGAACUUCAUCUUCUCAUACAUGGGCCUGGCACUCUUCACCUUUCAGAAACACGUCUUCAGCCCCAUUUUCAUAUUUGGAGCCUUUAUAGCCAUCUUUAUCGGCAGGGCCUUGAACAUCUACCCUCUGUCUUUCCUGAUUAACCUGGGCCGAAGACACAAAAUCAGAGGAAACUUUCAACACAUGAUGAUGUUUGCAGGGCUGAGAGGGGCAAUGGCAUUCGCUCUGGCUAUCCGUGACACCGCUACGUACGCCCGACAGAUGAUGUUCACCACGACCCUGCUCAUUGUGUUCUUCACAGUUUGGGUGUGUGGAGGAGGCACCACGCCAAUGCUGUCCUGGCUACAUAUCAGGGUUGGAGAGACCACUGCUGCGGAGAAGGAGAGGCUGCGUAGACUGUGGAAUUACGUCAGAGUUGGAGUUGACCCUGAUCAAGAUCUCCAACCAUGUGGGGACAGCUUCCAGGUCCUUCAGGGAGAUGGAAGCCAGUCAGAAGGACAGAGCAAGACCAAGCAAGAGAGCGCCUGGCUCUUUAGACUCUGGUAUACUUUUGACCACAAUUACUUGAAGCCUAUCCUGACCCAUAGCGGCCCCCCUUUGACCUCCACUCUGCCGGCCUGCUGCGGUCCACUGGCUCGAUGUCUGACCAGCCCCCACGCCUAUGAGAACCACGAGCCGCUGCAAGACAAUGACUCAGACCUCAUCCUGAAUGAAGGAGACCUGACGCUGACCUAUGGCAACACGGCCAUCACAGCCAACGGGGCCUCGUCCUCCUCUGGCCUCGAAGGAUCGGGCGGAAGCUGGGGUGUGAACGGCAAACGCAGCGACAGCACAUCGGAGGAUGCUCUGGAGCGAGAACUGGACACGCGUGAACAUGAGCUCUUGAGCCGUGGCACACGUCUUGUUUUCCCCAUGGAGGACCACGCUUGACCCUGCCUCCCAAACCUUAAACCACAUCUCCCUGCGUUCCAUAACUCCACUUUUCUUACACAUUGAUCCAUCAGAACACCCAUGACCCCUCCAAAGAUCUCAUGCAGGGGGUCUGAAAUCUCAAAGGAAAAGAAAGAUGGAAAGCAGGAGGGUUUGUGCUCUGAUGUAUUCAGAGAACGGAGGCAACAUAAUUGAUGCUGUGGCAGACUCAGAUUCUGUGACUGCCCAAGAAAAUGUGAUUUGUAGGAGAUAAAAAUAUAUAAAACUGCUGUUUAGAAUGCAUAUGGAACAGCUCUGGACAUUGAAUGUCCUUAUUGCUGCCAUUUAUGAUGAGGGAUUCAUGCCAAACGCUCUCUGCUGCCCUUAACAUUCAAAUUCACGAUCUCACACACACUGCCCGCUGCAUAUUAACAUCUUAGCAGUUCUUUGUUUAGCUUUGUAAUUCUUUGUGCAAACUGGAAAUAUGAUUGACAAAUAUGAUCGAGCCAGUUUUUGUAUGAACAGCCAGUAUUCAGUUAAUCGUUUACAUUUAAAUGUUCAUCUUUCCCAUCAGGCAAAUGAGUGAGCAGCUUAUAAUGUCUGUAAAUAUGCCAUGGCAGUGGUGUUCCAGAAAGCUCGCAAACACAAUGGCAACAUGGACAUGAGUGCAUGCUAAUCUCAUGAAAGCAUACGGGAACCUUGUAGUACUUUAACUCUAGCGAGUUGGAGUCUACACUUCCUGCAGUAUCUUAGUUAGAUCAUUAUACAAGUUGACGUGCUUGUUGUUUAAAAUAUGAAUGUCUAUCUGCACAGCCAUGUUUUCUUUUUCUCUCUUUUAAACAGCUGGAUGCAAGUGUAUAAGCCAUGCACUUUAGCUGCAGCUGAGCUGCAGUCCUUGCAUGUAUUGCUUUAUUAUAUUAACCACUUGCACACUCACAGCCAGAAUUUGUGAUGCAGAAUGUUGUAAUAAUCAAGGAGUCUUCAUAUCUGAAUCAUACUAUUUGUGUUUGUGGCAUUCCUUUUUUCGCUUCCUCACAUUAGAAUGUUCUUGAAGGUGGUUUUUUGCAUUAUGUAUGAGUUGCUGCUAUGUGGCAGUCUGCAGUUCUGAAAUCAAGAAUCUGAAGUGUUUGGCAUGAUGUUGACCUGUUAAUACAGUAAAUGUAUGGCCUAGUGCCAGUAACCGCCAAAUACACAUUCCUUCCAUCAUUCCUGUCUAGAAAUGAAUUUUUUUACAAAUACAAGUCAAUGAAGUCCAGGAUUCAAGUUAAUAACAAACUUGCAGAUGUUUGAAAUAAGUCAUCAUUCAUUCUGAUUUAUAUUCAACACAAUAAACUAACUUUGCACUCUUCCCAUUCAAUUGACCUUUACAAUUGUCUGCACUUGGGCCUGUCUGUUUCCUUCUAACAGGGCUUUUUGAGUUGUUUGAGGAAACAACAGUGCAACAUCUGACCUGAAUUAAGGAGAUCUGCACUAUGUGGCAUUUUGGCUAGCAAAUGAGCCUCAUGGGCUUCGUGGCAAUCGUGGUUUGAGGAGCAGAACCUUAAACCAGCUGUAGCAAAAGACUGAAUUCACAUGUAAUCCGGCUAUGAAGUCACUCUUCUAACAUGUCUGAUCCUUGAACUUACUGUGCUGGACUUGUUUGUACCUUCAGGAUCUGUAACUCUCUCCUUGUAGCAUUCAUCUUUUACUUGCUGUUCUGCAUGUCAGUAUAUAAACAAACAACAAAAAUCC